GGGGCUGGCUUAUGAGAGUGGUCACUUUAGAAGGCGGUCCCUCAAUUUGCACACAAACCGGGCCCCAGCUGGUUCAUGCAAGGAUAGAAACCGUCCCAAGCUGAACUCUGCGUUACAAAUAAGAGGCAGCGCUCUUCCAAGUAGAGCAGAGUGAAGAACAGCGCGGCUGAUAAUAUCACGUAACGUUUACAGAGCAGAGAGCAUCUGCAGCGCGCACGGAGGAACCGACAGCGCAUCUUCGGGAACCGGCGGCACCGAAUUCCCAUCACAGGUGGCACUGUUGCUGCAACAUCAACGCAACCUGAGAUUUGACGCUGUUGUACAUUCUCAAUGUUUGAGGAGGUAUCCCAGGAGAUGAGGGUGCAGCAGGGUGUAGCUAUGCUCCACCCAUUGGAGUCCUCAGCAGAAGCAGAGAAAGUACCUCGAGCCUUCGCAGAUGAUACCAUGUCCGUCCUGACCUCCAGCAACCUGCUGGCCCGCUCCCUGCUGGGCCGUACCACCGCCGUAAAGCGCAAAGAAAGUCCCUCAUCCAGCAUCAGACGCAAGCGUGAGUUCAUCCCGCUUGAAAAGAAAGACGAAGGCUACUGGGACAAAAGGAAGAAGAACAACGAGGCGGCCAAGCGUUCGCGGGAAAAGCGACGGGUGAACGACAUGGUCUUGGAGAGUCGCGUGCUGGCCCUGCUGGAGGAGAACGCUCGGCUCAGGGCCGAGCUGUUGGCUCUCAAGUUCCGAUUUGGUUUGGUGAAAGAUCCGUCCAAUGCGGCCAUCUUGCCUCUUUCCGCGGCGCCUCCGCACACCCCUCCCAGUGUGACUCCCCACUAUUAUCUCCUCAACUCCUCAUCACACAUCAACAACCAGACAAGUCAGCCGAGCGGACGAGGCUCCAGAGACGGUGGCAACCUGUCGGAAGAUUCUGGCUUUUCAACUCCAGGUAGCUCAAGUGUUGGAAGCCCAGUCUACUUCGAAGACCGGCUCAGUGACCAGGAAAGAUCUUCACCACACAGAGCAGAGGAGAUGAACUUGGACCUCUACCACUCUGCUGAUGUCCACCACAGGGUGGACCAAGCCGAGUCUAUGAAGAACCUCCCGCAUAAGCUACGUUUCAAGACACCCAGCAACUGUGAGGCAGGCGAUGCGGCAAGCGAUCCCAGCGGCACUCGACGCAGCCCAGCACCUCCCGCCGUAGAAGGUCCGCGUGAUACCCCCAAAGGCCAAGAACUAAUUAGGGGCGAAACAGGAGAGCGGCACUCGAGCCCGUGGCUUCCUCUGCAGAACAACGGGGGCAGGAAGGGGAGACAGUCACCUCAGCAUGCCGCCCCAAACUUCAACCUGCAGCCUCCUUCUCAAGGACACACAGAGGUCAAGUACCAGCAUGAGAACAACUUCCUGAAGACUCAACUGAGCUCUUUGAGCAUGGAGGUGGCUCAACUUAAAAGACUUUUCACAGAGCAGCUCAUGUCCAACGCUACCUAAGAAGCACUCUUUGUCAGUAAUCGUUAACAAUGUGAUGUGUUUUGCUUUUUUUUGUAAUAAAUGUCAGUAAUAUAUAUUCCUCUUGUAGUCUGCUGUUUAGGUUGCACGCCUCAGGCAUGGAGCUUCCAUUUUGUGUCAGAUGUACAAUGAAUCUCGUUAAUCGUGGUGGUUUGGGGAAAUUGCACCAAAAAUUGCUGAUAGAUGAAGAAUACAAAAAGUUCCCAAAUAUAUCUGCAAAUAGUUGAAUUCACUAAUGCUGACCACCACUAUGCGGGAGUUCACUGUACAUUCAUUUGUAUAAUCCAACACACUGUGACAGCUAACGAUGGCAAAUAACAUCACAACUUCAAAGAUUUUCGCAAAAGCGAUUGCAAAAUGCUUUGCACUGUUGAGACAAGUCAGAUCACUGUAAACAGAUAGCAGAUAAGAAGGUAGCAGGUAGACAUCAAAUCCUGGUGAGCUAAGAAAAACUCAAGACUCAA